GCUUAUAAUGACUAUCAUCUCUUGUAUAACUAUUCACAUUUUUCGUAAUAUUUUAUUCGCAAUUUUAAUCUUCUAUGGCUCUUGUUAUUGCGACAAAGCUGGAGACUACAUUUAUGAAAGAUGCAACAUUGGCACCAAAGAAUGCUAGUUUCGACUACAUAAUCAUCGGAGGAGGAACCGCAGGUUGUGCAUUAGCCGCAACGCUCUCUCAAAACGCCAGCGUUUUGGUUCUUGAACGCGGCGGGUCGCCAUAUGAGAACCCCACGGCCACUGAUAUGGGCAACUCCGUCAACACACUCUUAAACAACACACCAAACUCAUGGUCGCAGCUUUUCAUCUCCGAAGACGGCGUUUACAACACGCGGCCACGUGUCCUCGGUGGAGGGUCGGUGAUAAACGGAGGAUUCUACUCGCGUGCGGGCAAUGAUUACGUGGAGGAAGCUGAGUGGGAGAUGGAAGAAGUGGAAGCUGCUUACGAGUGGGUCGAGAAGAAACUUGUGUUCGAGCCACAAGUAAUAGAAUGGCAAAAGGCGUUUAAAGAUGGGCUUCUGGAGGCUGGAGAGUCUCCGGACAACGGUUUCACGUACGAUCAUAUCUACGGCACUAAGAUCGGUGGUACAAUCUUUGACCGUGCUGGUCAUAGACAUACCGCGGCGAAUCUGUUAGAGUAUGCUAAUCCCAACCGGAUUGUUGUUUACUUGCAUGCUUCUGUUCACAAAGUCCUCUUCACCACCGAAGCGUAUGAAGUGCUAUUUGAGGAUGCAAAUGGAGUGUUCCACAAGGCAAAUCUAGCAAAUAAGGCAACGAACGAAGUGAUCUUGUCAGCUGGAGCCCUGGGUAGCCCACAACUAUUAAUGUUGAGUGGAGUAGGUCCUGCCGUCCAUCUUGAGGCUCACGGCGUGAACCCACUCGUCCUAGAUCAGCCCAUGGUUGGGCAGGGGAUGGCUGAUAAUCCCAUGAACUUUGUAGCCAUUCCUUCUCCUCAACCAGUAGAACUAUCCCUCAUACAAGCUGUUGGGAUCACAAAGUUUGAUAGUUACAUUGAAGGUCUAAGUGGCUUGAGUCUCUCUUUUGAUAUAACUCGUAGGUUUUUCGAUGGUGUUUUGAAUCUUUUAAACGAGACAAGUCAUACUACAUCUAGGAAAAUCCUGACCCAAUCCAUUGCAGUCCUUUUAAAAUCUUUUGAUGUUAAAUUGGAAGUGAGGAUGAAUGGGGGUUUGAUCUUUCAAAAAGUCGAUGGACCGGCCUCAAAAGGACAUAUGAAGCUACGGAACACGAACCCAAGGGAUAAUCCUUCAGUGACAUUCAACUACUAUCAAGAACCAGAGGAUUUGAACAAGUGUGUUAAAGGGCUUAACACCAUUAUUAGAAUGAUAAAUUCCAAAGCUUUCUCCAAGUACAAGUAUCCGGGUGUGACGGCACGUGAACUGCUCAAUCUCAUGUUGGCCCUUCCCAUCAAUUUGAGGCCAAGGCACGUGACCUCAGCGUUCAACUUGAAGCAGUUUUGCAUCGACACCGUGACGAGUGUUUGGCAUUACCAUGGAGGUUGCCAAGUUGGAAAAGUGGUUGACAAGAAUUACAAAGUCUUAGGCAUAGAUGGCUUAAGGGUCAUCGAUGGAUCCACAUUUCUCAAGUCUCCCGGGACUAAUCCUCAAGCCACGGUCAUGAUGCUUGGAAGGUACAUGGGGCAGGAAAUUAUUCGGCAAAGAGCGGCUUUCCACGAAAAGUAACAAAAAGCCUAAGGUUCUUAAUAGAGAGUAGACAAAAGUUUUCUCAUCUAUUAUUACUUGUUGUGUUAUUGUCUUCUAACAUUUUCACACAAAUGAAGAAAAGUAAACAAAUUUUAU